AUGGGAGAAAAGACUAUAAAAUUAGAGGAGUUCUAUACUACACCCAAGGAAGUAGCUAAUGCGCUUAGAAUUAAAGAUUUACAAUCCCUUAUUAAAGGUCUGGUGGUAUUAAGAGCUCAGUUGAGUCAUGCAACAAGAGUUCGAGUUGAUCCUAUGGAAAAGUAUACUCGGCCACUUGUUGAAUAUUGUCAAUCGUGUUCUGAUAGUCACGAUCUCAAUGGUUUAUGGGAUUAUCAAGCUUCUUCUAAUAUUCAGGAUAUGGAGUGCAUGGUGCCUGAUAUCAUCGGUCUAUUCAUUAGACUAUGUACAACACCUAUUAUCCGUUCAUAUGGGCUUCAAAUUGUUCAAACUAUUUUACAGAGACAAAUGAAACUCAUUUAUCGUGGUGUUUCUUCCAUGCGUAUAUCUCAAAGUCAAUCUACUUUCAAAUUAAUGACAUCAAUUGUUUCUUUUAACGAUUCUGCUGCAAGGGAUUUCUAUACAACGUUCAACUUUCAAGCUGAAGGAUUUAUGAAAGCUUCGCGGUAUAGGCAGAUGAAGAAAAAUAAGAAACCACAAAGCUAUCUCUACGAUUUAAGAACGAAUUACGUCCAGUUUAUACUGGCAUUUUUCAAACAUGGAAGCUGUGAUCUCAAAAAACAACUUUUGGGUGUUAAAGGUGUAGUCAGCGCAAUCUAUGUAGGCAUGGAUGAAGAUGCAUAUCCUUUAAUGGAACAAAUACUCUCUGUUACGUAUGAAAAUUUGAUGCUCGACAGUGGUGUACCGAAAAGUAGCAAAAUAUUUUUCUUUUCAUCUUAUAUCCUUGAAAAACUUGCCAAAAUAUACAACCGGAACGAAGAAGAGGAAAUAGCAGGAGGGGAGACUAGAAUUCCAGCCGAUUUAGUACACCACUUCUUAAUCUCUAUCUGUAGUAUUCCUGAUGUAGGUAUCUGCUUGAGAGACACACAAUGGUACCCUCCCCAGCUCGAGAAGGAAGAUACUGCACCUGAUGUUAAAAAUACACGCAUUACCAACCGAGUCCUCGCUAAGUUUAUCACAACUCUAAGACCGGCAGAUGAUUUGCGUCAGCAGGAACUUCUUCUUAAAAUAUUGGCUUCCUGUCCUGAGCUUGUGAAAGAAUAUUGGAAUGGCACAACUCUAACAUUCGAGCCACGAAUUUCCAGCAAAUGGUUAGCGAAUAUGACAGUUUUACAAAAAAUCGUGCGAUUAUCGGUUCCUUCUUUAAUGUACGGAACAACUGGGCUUUAUCCAGCUGAACCGCCUGCAAUGAACAUUAUUCUCGACAAUAUUAUACCCAAUGUAUUCAAUCGAUCAGCUUCCAGUAAAGGCUUGCAGCACGCUAGUCCUCUAGUACGAUAUGUAACUAUGACUUACUUGGCAACAGUGUUUCAAAAGUUUGAUAAGGUAUCCAAAGCAAUGAGGAAUGCUAUUAUGAUUCUUGAAAAGUCUGAAGCAGAGAAUAGAAAGACAGACAACACUGAGGAUAUUAUCACACAAAAGCCUUCACAAACUUGGAAAAAGUGUUUGGAUAGCGUCCAAGAAGGGGUCCGUAGACGAAUUCCAGAGAUUCAGACAAUAAUCGCUUUGUAUAAGCAAACAACUAAUAAGACCGAACUUAGAAAUGGACCAAAUGAGGAAGAAUUGCGAGCGCAGAAUGAUCUUUUGGAAGAUACUGCAUUCAGAUUGAUACGUUAUUAUCAAGAAUUCGUCCCUGAGACCUUAAUGGAGUCCAACAUAGAUCCCACCAACUUGAUACCCUCUGAUAUUUUAUCAGUUAAACCUGCUACUUUAAUUCACUUGCUUAAAUUACUAUUGAACAUGCGCCACUUCAACUUAGCUGGUAAAUCAUCUGGAUCUUCAACAUCACAUAUUGUCACACUUCUAAAACUAUAUCUCCAAACACCAUACAAAUAUAUUCGUGAACUUACUGCAAAUUUAUUGUACCAAGUAUUAUCCGAGUCAUUUAUGUUCGCUCAUAACCCUGAUGAAGUUCAGCUUUGGCUGGAAGUUCUACCACAGGCUGAAUCGGCGUCUGACAAUAACAGCAUCACAGAAACACAACAAGCUGUACUUCAAUUUCUCGACAACUGUAUCACACGUUUCAGUAAAGGACAAUAUAAGUAUACAGAUAAAUUAGUCGAUCUUGUCAAUAAUAUUUCAAGUGAAUCCAUGGUUCAACAUGAAAACCUUAAUGUCACUAGCAGUUUCCUGAUUUCCCAAUCAAAUAUUGCAACCGCCUCUGAUUAUUGUCAUCCUUUCAGUCCUUUGUUGUUGACUUUAUGCGAAAAUUUGAAAUUCAUCAAGGGCGAUAAACGGCCUGCAUUAUUAUACGUUAAAAAAUUGCUUGUUGUGCUUCUCACCACACAGACCACACCUUUCUACCUUUUGGAGAUUUCGAAAGAUCUGAAAAUUCACAACCAAGGCGAACAACAACAGCCUACAGUUGAAGAACUUGUUGAAGAGAAGUAUAUGAAGCAUGCUCUAAUUCGCUUCAAAUCGAAUCUGGGACUUGAUAAUGAGCGUAUUGUCUCUAUUUUGGCUUUCAGCCCCUUUAUUGCGUCCAUUUACAAGGCCAUUUUAGUGUCAGACUUCAGCGAUGAACGCCUUGCAAGUCUGCAACAAAGACUAGAUAUCAGCGAAGGAAGAAAAAUACUCAAUGCUAUCUCAUUUUUGUUCCAGCUCAUCAAUAUGACGUUGAUAGGCAAUGAAAGGCAAAAAUUCGACAAGCUUCGAUUUGCAUUUGCACUUAUUAGCUAUAUCCUCCAAUCCGUUAAUUCUUUCUCCGAUUUCAAAUUACAAAGCGAUAUCAAGGCACAUAUACUCUAUCACCCUAGUUUAGAACGUGUCAGUUCAGCACUAGUUAACACAAUCGAUAGCUUCACCAGCGAAAGUGCAAAUGUUGAUGCCAAUUGCUUGAAACUAGCAUUUAUUUUUAUAGAUGUAUUCUAUGAAACAAUCAAUACGGAAAGAAUAUGGGAUGUCAUUGCUCAAUUUGCAAAAAGAAAUGCAAACUCAAAUAUCAGAAAUGAAAUUCUUUUCUUUUUGGAAUCAAGAAUAAUCAAAGGCAGUAACGGCGAAAUAGAAAACGAAGCUAUCAUGAUACUUUUAGAUUGUUAUUGUGAACCAAUAAUUGAAUACAUCCUUUCUGGGAAAAGUAUUUCAAUAGAGAAGGCUAAAUUAAAAGAAGUCUGCCGCAACCAAUCUAUUGAUGUAUCUAGAAUUAUAUAUGAACGUCUGGAAAAGCCAUUCCAUUUGGUUCCUGGAUUGAUUGACGUGAUUCAAAUUGGGUAUGACCUGCUGCCAGAAAAUUUAUUGGAGCAACAAAAGUACAUUAAGUCGGUCAUGCAAAAGCUCAUCAAGCAACUCACUGUUGCUGCUGAUGCUAAUACCAUAUCUGAAACAAUACCUGAAGAUGAUUUUUAUGAAAAACUAGCAGAGUUUUUGAACUAUUUACCAGAAGAAUUGAACAUGACAGCAAUUCUAGAAGCAGAAGCGGUUCGCGAUUUUAUAUUAACUUCGAUAAUGGAUACUCUAGACAAUGCUUCAGCUAUGAAUUGUGUACAAAGCUUGAUAAAGCGAUUCUAUGUAAACUUUGACAAGUCCGAACCUAUUGCAACUUACAUCCGUCGUAUUUUGGAACAUGGUGAUUAUCAAAGAUUAACAGCACUAGAUGUCGGUAAAUUAUUAGCCUAUCAAGUUCCCGAAAACAGUGCGCAAAGGUCUGUAAUCAUUCAAAUACUAUCACUGCUGAAUAAAAUACAGCCCGGGAUAUUAGCAGCGAAUCAUGGUUUACUAGAUCCACUUUUGACUAGUUAUAAUGCCACAACAAAUUCAUCCGAUAAAUUGAUACUGGAAAUUAUGAUGUCGUGCGAAACACACGGUCGUGAGACAGUCCUGCCAAAAAUGCUAAUGUGGGGUUCUGGUUCUGACCGCAAUCGUCAAAGUCAUGCUCAAGCCGGCACAUUAUUACAAACAAAUUCGAUUUCGAUUGAAACAUUUGGUCUGAUAGAUCCAGCACUUAUGAAAUAUACGUUUACGCACUUCCCCGACAAUCAUGGUUUGUCAGUUGUUGCUGCUCAUGAAUCAGAUCUUUGUAUUAUUCAACACAAUAAGCCGGUUGUUUAUGACACAGCAUUCUUUUACCCUCUCUUUGCAAACCUUAUGUCUUCUGGUGCCCUUGAUUGCCGCAAAUUCAUUGAAUGCAAUGGUUUAGGUCUCGUUAUUGUUGGCAUAUCGUCUACAGAUGCUCAUAUUCGGGAGAUUGCUUUUCAGAUGCUUGACCAAUUCUAUAUCAUGUUGGAGCACGCACGAUUUAAAGAACAAAGCACAAUCAAAUUCGUUUUGGAUAGUCUCAAACAUUCUAUAAAGAAUCGAUCCGAAGCAGAAGAAGCCCCUCGUAUUCCUGCAGCCAUUUCUGUUUGCAUGGCGCAUACCUUGUCUAUUUUACUUCAUCCUGAUCAUUUUAUGUUGCCUCACAUAACUACUUGGAUUCUACAAAAUUCAACUUUCGACUUUAAUUACAUUCCUCUAUUCUCUUCCUUAUUCAAUUCGUCAUCUGCGAACCACAAGAAAGAGCGUCUUUGGCUACUGCAUGUCUUAUCAUCUUCGCUACGAACAUUUGAAGAUUACAAAAUAUUCUCCAGACAACGUAUCUUUGAUGUGAUUGCAAGUUAUUAUAGUUCUGCUUAUGCAGAUAUGGCUAGUAAAAAAGCAAUUCUUGAGAUCCUGGAACAGGCAAUGGCUAUUCCCAAUGUGGUAACCAACCUUAUCAAAUACAAUGGACUCUUAGCCUGGGUACAUACAGCCUUGGCAUUCGCUUCUGAUAAAGAAGAAUAUCGAGCUUGGGAAGAAAUCUCCAAGCAUUGUACGCCUUUUUUGUAA